AUGCUGCUCGAGCUACCUGCACCCCCAGAACUGGCUAACACCUCCAUUAGACAAUCAGAGAGUCCUGCAUGUUCAGACAUUUCUGGGUGUUCUCGACCAACGCCUCACCAUUCACCCACAAGGUCUAAAUCAUCGGAAGCAUUUAGUCCAGAGUCAGGCAGGUCUAGGCAUUCUCGCACACCUCAGCAUGGAGUUCGAAACCCAUCACAGUCCGGGAGCAGAAAAAGUCGAGCGUCCUCAUCCAGAUCUAUGGGUUCUAGCACACCUCAGCGUGGAGCUCGAAAGCCAUCACACUCCGGGAGCAGAGAAGGUCGGGCAUCCUCAUCAAGAUCUAAGCAUUCUCGCACACCUCAGCAUGGAGUUCGAAACCCAUCACACUCCGGGAGCAGAGAAGGUCGGGCAUCCUCAUCAAGAUCUAGGCAUUCUCGCACACCUCAGCGUGGAGUUCAAAUUCCAUCACAGUUCGAGAGAGGCUUAUUCCCCAUGUCUCAAGCUAAAUAUCAAAAGUCAGUGCUUGGAAAGCUAGUUGAACUUCUGGAUGAGAUAAAAAGAGUUGGAAGGCACUAUGAGCCGCUGAAUUCUGCUUUCCAUGUUGCUAGGCUAGACACCUUAGAGGAUUUUGCUGAAGAAGAGGCACGUCUCAAGGACCGCAACCUCUGGGUACAAAGGGUGUCCCAGCUCUUAAAGGUGGGAGGGAGGAGUAACAAAGACUGCGUCCAUAAAGAAAUGGACAGGCUUUUCACCAAUAGCCUAAUGGCUGCUUUCAACAUGAAGGGGCAGGGUCGUAGUGAGAAAAAAGCCUUCCAGGAUACUGUUUUUUUACUCUGUGGUAACAGCUGCAGUAAUGAAAUGGAGUAA